AUCAAAACCCCUCAGACCUCAGAAAUCAUUUUUUACCUAACACCUACAAAGAGCCCCCAUAUUUUCAUCAAAGGCUCUCUUCUCUUUUUCUCUGAAAGCUGCUCUUCUUCAUUACUGACUUCUCACUCUCCAUCCUAAUCUACUCACACGAUCACCGUAGCAUCUCUAGUUUUCUUGACCUAGUUUUCGUGUAAUCUUCUGUUCUUGCAAGUUGUGUUCUUGUUUUUCUUUCUUAAAUUCUUGUGAAACUUGAGGAAAAGGGACGGUUUUAUCAGUGCCCUGUUUCUUCUUCCUCUGUUUUCUCCUGUUUUGAUCAAGAAAACUACGAGGAACAAUGGCCAGAAUUCAAGAACCCGCUGCGUUCAACGCUGGGAAUGCUUCUCAUAUUGGGUUAUCUCUGUCGCAGCUGAUUUUGAGCAGUAAUUCAAACACUUUGGACACGAUUUUCUCACACUGUGAGCAAUCGGGCCCGGAGACUGGCCCGUUUUCGGAGCCUCUGGGCUCGUCGGUGUACCUCAGGCAAAGAGAUUUGGUUCACCAAUUCUCCGGCGGAAAUGGAGGAAGCCCUUCGAUUCUUCCAAGAGCUUCUUCCUUCACAAGCCCGAUUCAUGGGCCGGGUCCAUUUUUCAGCCCGAGCAAGACCAAGCUGUACAGAGGGGUGCGGCAGAGGCACUGGGGCAAGUGGGUGGCGGAGAUAAGACUGCCGCAGAACAGGAUAAGAGUCUGGCUGGGCACCUACGAGACGGCGGAAGCAGCCGCCUACGCUUACGACAGGGCGGCGUACAAGCUGCGUGGGGAGUACGCCCGCCUCAAUUUCCCGAACCUGCGUGACCCCGCCAGGUUGGGGCUGGGCGACGGCGCCCGACUCGACGCGUUGAAGAACGCCGUGGACGCGAAGAUUCAGGCAAUAUGGCAGAAGGUGAAGAGGGAGAAGAAAGCCCGCAGAGCUCCCAAGAAAUCACAAGGCAAAAGCAAUAGUAACAGCAAUUCUGACAGUAAAGCAGCGGUGAAGACGGCGGAUUCAUCCGUGUCGUCGGUGGUGAAUGCUGAGAGUUUGAGCGGCAGCGUUUCAGAAGAUGAGUUCUGGAGAGGCGGGGGGUCUGUUUCAAACGAGUGGUGUCCGGCGGCGGAGGUGGUGGGAGAGAUGGAGAUGGAGAUGGAUGGGUGCUCGCUAGCUCGGGUGCCGUCGUUCGACCCGGAUUUGAUUUGGGAAGUUCUUGCGAAUUAGAAGGCGUGAAGGAGAAAAUGAAUUCUUGAUAGGUAAGAGAUUUUGGGGAAGAAUGUCUGAGUUGAGUGGAUGUGGUGAUGGUGGUAAUAAAUGUGAGUUCGUGUGGAUUUGGGGUGUGAAGCUUUCUCCUUGUGGAUCCAUUUUACUCCAACAAUUUAGGAAGUUUUUAGUUCUAUAUGGUAAAUCAUAAGUGGUUUCUUUUUUAAGUAAAUCACAAAGUUUUUAAACA